CGACAGCGUAACAAUGAAGAUAACAACUUGGCUUAUCAAAGAUCGCAAAUAUUCACGAUUCGGAUUUAUGUGACAGUGUGGAAGCGUGCGUUGGACUAACACACCGCUAAGUAUUUUGUGCUGUGAAAUUACGGAAAUGCGAGGGGUUUUCUCAUUAUUGAUCGCAUCAAGUGCAGUGUGGCUGACGUCAAACUACUGCCGCCCCGAUCCUCCGGUGCCAACAAACAACAAGCUCAUCCUCUCCUGGGCGCCGCGUUUUGGCGACUACAGCUUUAGCUUCGGCCACGGUACACCGGAAGACUUCAAAAAAGCUGGCUGCAAGUACACCAACUGUGAAAUUAUCAAACGCCGAUGGUUGUAUCCGUUGCAGCGAAUCGAUGCUUUCUUGUUUCACGGAUUUGAAGACUACGAAAUACUGUUUGGGACGCCGCGCGUGAGAUUCGAUCAUCAAAUCUAUAUAUUUUAUUGUGUUGAAUCUGUGAGACGAAGCUACAUCGCUGAACGAAGAAGGGAUUUCUUUAACAUGACCAUUACGUACAGGCUAGACUCUGAUAUAGCGUGGCCUUAUUUUGGAGUUUAUGAUGCAGAAACUGAAGAACUUGUUGCACCUUCGUUCAACCCGCAGUGGAUUUCAACAAUGGUACUGAAAGGGUCGAAAGUGCAACAAGAUAUUGACGCGCUUAUUGCGAGUAAAACACACACAGCUGCCUGGUUAGUAUCGAACUGUCACAGUGUUAGUGGAAGAGAAGAAUAUGUGAAGAAAUUGCAAGAGCUUGGCAUCGACGUUCAUAUCUACGGUGCUUGUGGCACUUACAAGUGUCCGUUCAGUGAGAAUUGCAAGAAAAUAAUCAGCAAAUAUUAUUUCUAUAUCGCUUUUGAAAAUUCCUUGUGCGAGGACUAUGUCACAGAGAAGACGAUCACAGCGUUAGAAAGUGGUUCAGUGCCGGCUGUGUUAAGUGGUGCUAAUUUGACAAGGUUCCUACCACCAAAUUCGUAUUUAGACGCCCGAGAGUUAGGACCUGUUGAACUAGCUAAAGAAAUGAAGCGUCUUAUGGCUGAUAAAAAGUCAUAUGCUGAAAAACUUUAUUGGCGGCAAAGAUAUAAGGUGGCGGAAUAUACAUAUCUGACAGAGAAAACCGGACAUCACCCGUUUUGUAGUGUGUGUGAAGCUGUUAAUACUGGGAAAGUUAUAACCAAACGAAACAAGGAAGUUUUAGAUUGGUGGCACUCUUCACAAACUGGCGAUGGAGGCUCGUGUUUGAUGUGAGCAAUUGAAGUGCUCCUAUCAGUAUGAUCAUAAUUAUGAGUCAAGAGCCUCAACAAGGCCAUUGGAAUCGCUUACAGCCAUGAAUCAUCAAGAUACGCGUACGUGUUAGAAAUGCAACAUGACUGAAAUGCAUUUGUGUAUAUACCUACAUCUGAUAUAUUGAUAAUGAGAACGAUAACAGUAUACAGGGUUAUUGGUAAGAAGACCGGAUUCUUUCGGGAGGUGAUAGAGGAAGUCAUUUCCAGUCGAUUGAACCAUAUAAUGCAUUAUCCGAAACUUA